GCCACCGGGGCAGUUCCUCUCAACUGGAAAGGCCGCGACUUUAAUGGCGGAGAGCGGAGUUACGCCCCUACGCCUGCGGCCCGGUCGGCGCAGCGCAGAUGCAGGAGACAAAAUAGGCGGCGGCGCCCGCCGGCAGCCCCCCUCCCUGCUCCUGCUCCGGUGUCCCCUUCCCGCUUUCCCAUCCACGCUACGCUGCGCCGCAGAAGGCUGUUUUCACUACGGGGCACCACUGACCACCCUCUAGUCGAGAGAAUCCCUUUAUUGCCGCUAGCCUUUCCGCGCUGUUUUUCGCUGUUGCUCCGCCAGUUCCUCUUCCUCGGGAUCUGCCUGUGUGUGUGCUGGGACUGGGACCGUCCGGCCCCGUGUGGGUUGUUGGUGUUUGCUGGGUUCUUCUUGCUUCCCGGUGGGAUUCCUUAGGUGCGGCGGCUUGAGGUGUAACGGGUGUCGAGUUGUUGCCUUGUUGGUGAGCAUUGUCAGGAGUGUCGGACGGGGGCGCCGGUGAUUAAGAUUAACCGAGGCCGCCACCAGAUUAGUUUAGUGGUGGGUAGCCUGGGCCUGUGCUUCCUUCGGUUUGGUUCAUUGUUGACAACCUGUGACAGUUCACCGUUGUGGACCUGAUGACUGUCUGAUUUCCCACAGCCUUCAGCGAGUGUUUGAGCCCGUCCGUGCCAAUACACUGUUUGGUGCUGAAUCAGAUUCAUUGAAGAUGCCAAGGUCUGAAUCAGACAGUGAUGAUGUUUUCUUCGAUGCAUUUGAAGAUGUUAGAUCUCCAGGGGAACCUUCAUGUUCAGAGGAUUGCAGCACAAGUCAUGAAGUUUCACCAGUGCCAAUGAAGUUUGAGUAUGAGAUUUGGGCAAACGAGCCAAUGAGUGUUCAAGAAAGGCGGCAAAGGUUCCUUAAGGGAAUGGGAUUCGAUGAUUUUUUGUCUGCCAGAACAGAUUCUUUUCAAUGCCAUGGUGAAAUCACAGCCGUUGAGUCUUCCACUGACAUGGAGGAGAGAAGUGUCAGUGUCCAUUCUUCCCUGGAUUCAUCUGUUUGUGACAAUGAAUCGGAGUUUGACGGUGCCUGUUGCAUAAGGGAUAUGGAUAGUGGAAAGAGAUAUAUUGUCAACAGUGGUGCACAUAGCAGUAUAACGGACAUGCUCAAGGAGGUUGGAUCAGAUAAGGUGAUGUCUCUUCUGGAGUUUGAGAGUUUGCUUGGCCUCUCUCGGUCUGUUCAGAAAUUGUUGCGGAGGGGAUGUGGUAACAGUCCUGCAAAAGAAACAAAAAGUUCUAAGAAAAAGGAUGUCAAAAGCUUGUGGAAGAAAUUCACGACAAAGAGAAGCUUUGGUAGCAUUUGCAAGUAUGAUGUCCAUGUGAAAAAUUGCACAAAUAGUAUACCAACCAGAACAAGAGUUCAAAAUCGGAAGAAAAAUUUUCUUGAAUUCUCUGCUGUCUACAUGGAUCAAGAAAUCAGAGCUCACAAGGGUUCAAUUAGGGUCAUGAAAUUCAGCCCAUCUGGAUGGUAUUUAGCAAGUGGUGGUGAGGAUUGUGUUGUACGGAUAUGGCAAAUCAUAGAAGUAGAAGCAUCUCCUAAGUUGUAUAGGGGAGAGGAUUCCUAUGAAAAGGUGGAGAAAGUUCCGGUCUUUAAGUCAAAUAUAGAAAAGAGGCAGCACCAGACACUUGCAGUUAUACCCAAGAAGGUUUUUCGUAUAUCAGAGACUCCAUUACAUGAAUUCCGCGGCCAUACAAAUGAUAUCCUUGAUAUGGCAUGGUCCAAAUCAGAUUAUCUCUUAACUUCAUCUAAAGAUAAGACAGUGCGCUUAUGGAAACCUGGCUGUGAUGGUUGUCUUGCAGUUUUCAAACACAAAGACUAUGUAACAUGUGUUCAAUUCAACCCUAUUGAUGAGAAAUACUUCAUCAGCGGUUCAUUAGAUGGUAAAGUGCGCAUUUGGGAUGUGUUGGACAAGCGAGUAACGGACUGGGCUGAUACACGGAAUAUCAUAACUGCUUUGAGCUACCAACCAGAUGGAAAGGGUUUUAUUGUUGGCACGAUUGCAGGCACAUGUCGCUUCUAUGAUCAAUCAGGUGAAAACAUCCAGCUAGAGAAAGAAUUGUUUGUGCAAGGGAAGAAAAAGUCAGCUGCCAGUCGGAUCAACAGUCUACAGUUAUGUACAAGUGAUUCCAAUGGGAUUAUAAUUACAUCAGGAGAUUCCAAAAUCCGAGUCGCCGAUGGUGAUACCAUCCAAAAGUUUGAAGGGCCUUGGAAGUCGAAAGCUCUAUCAUCACCGUCUUUAACAUCAGACGGCAAAUAUCUUAUAUCUGCCGGCAAAGAUUCCAAUGUCUAUAUUUGGAACUUUGCGAAUUCUGGAGAUGCAAAAUCAGUUCAUUCAUGUGAGCUGUUCUUCUCCAAAGAUGUGACUACCGCAGUACCAUGGCCAGGAGUGCACCAAGAUGGGCACACGAAACCUUCCUGCUUGACUGAGAAACCCUCCAGCGCGCCCAUUUUGCGCCACCACGAGGAGUGCCAGUCCCCUGGGCCGUGGUCGUUCAUGGACUGCAGCAAGGGAACGGCAACAUGGCCUGAAGAGAACUUGCCUUCUACAGCAAAGUCUGAAAGCAGCCCGAAGGUGGGUGACUGCCUCUCCCUGGUAUCCGCUGCGUGGAGCACGGUCAUAGUGACCGCCAGCCGCGAUGGCGUGAUCCGAUCUUUUCCCAACUACGGCUUGCCCGUUAGAUUGUGAGCUUCAAGACUGGUUUGAGCUUGUCAGCAGAGCGCAGCCGUGGUUGGUGGUUGAUAACCUGCUAAUGUUAUGAAGUUUUUCCUCUCUUUUUUUCUGGUCAGAGUUACUAGAAAUUCUUUUUGUUACAUUUGUUAGAUCAUGCACUUCUCCUGAAGAGAUGAUCUGUAGUCAGUCCAAGUCCAAACACUUGUGUUGCCUAUAGGCUUUUUGCUGGAUGGUUGUUACAAGGUAAAAAACACAACCAUUCAGUUAUAAUUAGUUGAAGGAGGCCUGCGCCAGUAGCACGGGUGAUCAGUUUAUUUUUUUCACUAACACCAGGAUGUAUUAGUUGAAAAUAUUUUUAAAUAGUUUGAUUACUUUUUUUGUUGUAGUUGUCUUA